AUGUGUGUGUCUGCAGGAACAUGGAGUGGCUGCAGGGUGGCCACAGCUGUCAGUGAGUCAUCAUCCAUCCACAGUGAUGCCCUGUUCGACCCGGGGCCUGGUCUGGACCGGGACAUCUCUCUGGGCUCUACAGGGCCUGGUCUGGGUCUGGACCGGGACAUCUCUCUGGGCUCUACAGGGCCUGGUCUGGACCGGGACAUCUCUCUGGGCUCUACAGGGCCUGGUCUGGACCGGGACAUCUCUCUGGGCUCUACAGGGCCUGGUCUGGGUCGGGACCGGGACAUCUAUCUGGGCUCUACAGGGCCUGGUCUGGACCGGGACAUCUAUCUGGGCUCUACAGGUCCUGGUCUGGACCGGGACAUCUCUCUGGGCUCUACAGGGCCUGGUCUGGGUCUGGACAUAGACUCCCUACAGGAGCGGACACACACACGCUACAGAAUGCAUCAUCAAUACGGCAGCCAAGACAAGAUUCCGGGUGGGGGCGUUGGUCCAGCGGCCCCCCAGGAUGGCCAAAGGUCUUGUCAGUUCUUCUCCGACGGCCGGAGGAAAGUGGACUAUGUUCUGGUUUUCUACCAACGCAAACAGAUCUCUGUGAGGGGCGGCGACCGUCUGCACCGUCUCUCCGCCCCUCCACACCCUCCUCAUCGCCUCUCCGUCGUCUCCAACGGUAGCUCCCCCCCCUCCGGCCCCGUGGGGGGUUUGGGAUGUGUUGCCGGGCAGCGGAGUGCGGGGGACGGGGAGGUGUGUGUGGACCUGGGCGUGGCCGUGGAAUUAGAGGCGAACCCAGCUGACGGAGAGAUGGUGCUGAUCAGGGAGGAGUUUGAGGCCAGGCUACUUGAGGCGGGGCUUGAGAUGGAGAGAGACACAGAGGUCAGGGUCUACGGGCCCAGCUUCACGAGACUCCAUGUCCCCUGGCCGGUCCUGAGCAGAGAGGCAGAGUUCCUCAAGAUCAAAGUCCCCACUAAGAAGAGCUAUGAUCUGAAGCAGGAGCAUGGGUUCAGUGCCAGCCUCAGUGAGUUCUGGAGGAAGGUGAACCAGCCGUUCCAGCCCAACAUCCCCCAGCCAGGCCACAGCACCACCAAGCAGCUCUCUCACUGCUUCUCCAGGGACAAACUACACUUAUUUAACAUCUCCUCUAAAGAUACCUUCUUUGACAACGCAACACGCAGUCGAAUAGUGUACGAGAUCCUGAGACGGACCCCCUGCACACGCACCUGCCAAUCUAUGGGCAUCACCACGUUAAUAGCUAAAGGUGUCUAUGACUCUGCCUUCCCUCUCCACGAUGGGGAUUAUAAGGUCGUGGGUCGCUCGGAGAGGAACGACAGACAGCUGCUGCAUGAUGAGUGGGCCAGAUAUGGAGCCUUCUACAAAUACCAACCUGUGGACCUCAUCAGGAAGUACUUUGGAGAGAAGAUCGGUCUGUACUUCGCCUGGCUGGGCGUCUACACCCAGCUGCUCAUACCGGCCUCUCUGGUCGGGAUUAUUGUCUUCUGCUACGGCUGUUACACUGUGGAUAUGGACGUACCCAGCCUGGAGAUGUGUGAUGAGCAGCAGAACUUCACCAUGUGUCCUCUGUGUGACGGAGUGUGUGACUACUGGCACCUGUCCACCGCCUGCGGCACGGCCCGCGCCUCGCACCUGUUCGACAACCCUGCUACUGUAUUCUUCGCCAUCUUCAUGUCCCUCUGGGUGGCGACGUUCCUGGAGCACUGGAAGCGUCGGCAGAUCAGUUUGAACCACAGCUGGGACCUCACAGGACUAGAGGAAGAGGAGGACCACCCGAGGCCCAAGUAUGAAACCGUCCUGCUCCAGAAGAGACAGAUGAUGAGGAACAAGGAGAAGAAGAAUGACAAGAAGAAGAAGAGGAAGAUAGAGCCUGUGCAGCGGGAGGAGGACGUGGCGGCAGGGAAAGACAGGUGGAGACAGAGGUUACUGUCUGCUAUGAACACUGGGACAUCG